UUUGACAAGUCAUAUUGGUAUCGCAUUUCUGUACCCCGGACGGUAAAUCUGUCCUGACGCAUCCAAUAUGCAGUCUGGAAUCUCAGUCUCCCAAGAGCUCCACGAUGCCUUCUCCCGCUUCGCGUCUGAUACCUCUAUCUUCUGUCUCCCCGUGACAAUCACCGCGGAGCGCCUAACCCCGCUUUCAACGCUCCCCUUCUCCGGCUUUGGAGAGAACGCGUUCUACGCCUCACUGUCACAGCUAACUUCUGUGUUGGAGCCAAAGACGCCUAUUUACCUGUUAAUCCGCCGGACUGGAUCUAAUCUGAUUGCCUUAACGUACAUUCCCUCCAACGCUGGGGUGCGUGCAAAGACUCUCUUCGCGUCUACACGGGCGACGCUGGUGAGGGAAUUGGGAAGCGAGAAGUUCAGUGAGACAAUCUUCGCCACAGACGAGGAGGAAGUCAUCGGAGAGAAUGCAUGGAAGGAGCGGGAGGCAGAGAAGAACGGGACUUCCACUGGCGGUUAUAGAAGGGAGGAUCUAAUGGGAGAAAAGGAAAGGGAAUUGGAAGCUGUGCGGAGGGCGGAGGAGGCUGCAAGGAGUGGGACUCCAGGGAGGGAUAUUGGGAUCGGUGGAACGUUUGCGAGAGGUCCUUCUAGGAUGAAAAUUGAAAUGCAAGUGGACGAGGAUGCGAAGAAUGCUCUAGGGGGGCUGCAGCAGGGUGGACUUGUGCAGAUGGCCAUUGACGUUUCAACGGAGACAUUCAAGCUCACUGCGGCUGAGUCUGGAGUUGACGCCAAUUCCGUCCAGAAUCACAUCUCUGCUUCCUCACCGAGAUACACGUUCUACCACUAUCCCGACUCCGACACCAUCAUCUUCAUCUAUACCUGUCCAUCAGGCUCGUCAAUCAAGGAGCGGAUGCUGUACGCUAGUUCCCGGAUGCAUGCGCUCCAGGUGGCGGAAGAACAGGGUCUGAAGAUUCUGAAAAAGAUUGAGGCCGGGGCGCCCGACGAAGUUACAGGCGAACGCCUUCAGGAAGAAGUGAACCCCCCGCAGAACAACGGUCUCAGGCAAGGGUUCGCAAAGCCCAGACGCCCGGGGAGGUAGAUGUUGACCGCCGCUCUCUAGCAAGUCCUGGGGGAUUGAUCCGGGCUUCAGCGUAAGAGAUAUCGUACACAUAUAUCCGUAGCCAAGAUUCAUUGCCGUUCU